AUGGCUCCCUUUCAGUCGAAGAAGUUUCGGCCAGCAGCAACGGCGGCGUCUUCGCUGGGCGAGCGCCUCGGUGCGCGGUACCGUGCCAACCUGUCUCGACACCCUUUCCUGCUGUUCGGCCUGCCCUUUGUGAGCGUGAUGCUGGCGGGCUCGUUCUUCCUAACUCCCGCAACUGCCCUGCGCUACGAACGAUACGACCGGCGGGUGCAGCAGCUGGGCAAGGAAGAGGCCAUGUCCCUGGGCCUACGCGGCGCAGACGAGGACGCCAGCCAGGUGCGCCGGAACCCGCGGCGACGCAUCCUGGGUGACGAGCGAGAGGAGUACUACAAACUGAUGGCCAAAGAUCUGGACAACUGGGAGCAGAAGCGGGUUCAGCGCUUCAAGGGCGAGCCAGACGGGCGUAUUGCCUAG